GAGGAAAAAGAACUUCGGAGGGGGGUGUCCACCGCUUAGUCUGUUGACGUCGCGAAAGGUAGACAGCCUCACACAACAUGUCCUCUCCAGAGAUCUCCUCUCUCUCCUGGGGCCACAUGAAGGUGAAGGGAUGCUCCACAGGCUACAAGGACUGUAAGGUGUGGCCUGGAGGCAGCCGUGCCUGGGACUGGAGAGAGACCGGGACCGAUCAUUACCCGGGGGUCCAACCUGCUGAUCUGGAGGAGGUGCUGAAGAAGGGAAUAGACUUGCUGAUCAUUGGCAGAGGCAUGAGUGAAGCUCUGCAGGUUCCCUCCUCCACUCUGGACUUCGUGACAAAGAAAGGUGUCGACGUCAGAGUCUUGCAGACAGAGAAGGCCGUUGCUGAAUACAACAAACUGGCUAGCAAGGGUGCCAAGGUGGGGGGGGUCUUCCACUCUACCUGUUGAUAAUGUCACCUUUGCAGUGCUGCACCAACUGUCUGAUUCUAAUUUCAAAUGUCACCUUAAAAUCAAAUUGAAGAUGCAAUUCAAGUACAACUGAUUUUAGAGGCUAAUUCUGUGGAAUGUUUCAGUACAAUGACCACAUGACAGAUCCUACAGUGGUGCUGUUGGUAAAAGCUAAUGGAUGUUAAGUUUAGUACAUGUAUUUUUGCUUGUUUGAUACACAAAAUAAAAUUAGAAUGAAUCAUCUCCA